UAAUGCGUGUGUGGUGUGCGUGUGUGCGUGUGUGCGUGUAUGUGAGAGAGAGGAGAACUUCCAUGCAGAGUGAAGAGAAGCAGCGAUUGCAGCUACGUUGAAAAGAACGGAAGUCAUCCUAAAAAAGUUGUUCUCCGGUGUGGUUUUAUCUUGGGACUUCUUAGCAAGGAUCGUUACGGGAUUUCCGUCUAGUCCGGAUUUACUUUACGGAAGUUUUUUUCUCCAUGGAUGUCGGGGUCCUCCUCAAAGCAGGAGGCGGCGAUCUCCUGGCAGCUUCUUGGAUGUUCGCCUUCACAUGCUGAGAUGCUGUAUGCUUGUAGCUAUGCGUGUAGGUGAAGCGUUGGAAUAGCGUGCAUGGUUCCUGUGGAGGCUCCCCAUGACUGAACGCUCUCUCAUGCCGCUGAGGUCGACCACCCCGGGCUGUGCAUGGUGUGCGCACCGUGCACCAUCCCCACGUCUUGGGCGACGAGUCUAAAUCCAUGCGGCACCCUCCGAGAGCCGGACGGGACCGACACGACGCAUCCAGGACGGUCUAGGUUGUCGUAUGUUCCGGUCGAGACGCUCCGGACUUGUACGGCGACUGUGGAGAAGCCGUGCGGUCACCCAGAGCGAUGGAAGCGGCCGAGCCGAGGGAGGAUGUCCGUGUGGCUCCCAGCCGCACAGAAAGCAGCAGGGGCCGGUGACACGCGUCGGGGGCCCCGCGGGGGAGGCUGGGGACUUGGCGGAGGAAGCGGAGCAAGCUGACGAUGACCCGGGGGUCAUAUGCGCCUCGGGCCGCAGAGGAGUAGAUGUGGACGGUCGGACGGUGACAUGUUGUUUGUUUGGGGACCUCAGACCUCGGACCCCGCAAAAAGACAACUGUGAGUGUGGCCUACUGAAUAUUGCUCAUGCUUUUUUGAAAAAACUCCCCGAGAGAAGUCUGGAUGUGUUGCUGAAGGCUGUGGAGUCCAAAGGAGGGGUAGCGAGCGAGUGCGUAAUGGUGCCCGGCACUGAGCUGCGGUUCGGGGCUCACCACGUCUCAUCUCAGCACCUCCUGUGUCGGAUGUACCGAUGGAGAGAUCUGCCGCCCUCAGCCCGCCUCAAAGCGCUUAGCCACUGCCAGAGCUUCGGUGGGCUGGACGGUGUCAAGGUGUGCUGCAACCCAUACCACUACAGCCGUUUGUGUGGGCCAGAGUCACCUCCUCCUCCGUACUCUGUGUCCCAUUCGGAUGAACGCAAGCCACUGGAGUCUCCUCUGUCUUACACUGAAACCGUGCCGCCCCUGAUCACGCCAGCAGCCUACACAGAGACCGGUACCUCCCUCGGCUCCUCCACCUCCUCCGGACAUCGCUCUCACUGGUGCAGCGUUGCCUACUGGGAACAGCGCACACGUGUGGGUCGUCUUUAUCCAGCCCACGAGCCCUCGCUCAGCAUCUUCUACGACCUACCUCAAGGCACGGGCCUCUGCCUCAGCCAGCUCCGUGCCAACGUCAACCACUGUCGCUGUGACGACCAAGGCAGCCGCGGCACAUCAGGACUUCCGGGCUACCCCAGCCAAGGAGGGAACAGCAGCAGCGUGCAACAGAUCCGCAGCAAAAUUGGCUACGGCAUCGUGCUGAGCCGGGAGCCGGACGGAGUGUGGAUGUACAACCGCAGCCAGCACCCCGUGUUCGUCCACUCGCCCACUCUGGACCUUCUCAGCGCUCGAGGGCUGAGCGUGAAGCGGGUGAUGCCGGGCUUUUCUCUUAAAGUGUUUGACUAUGAGAGCUCCGGUUGGAUGGCUGAGCAUGGCAUCAAGCCUGAAAGCCAGGAGGGGCCCUGGGACCCCCACAGUGUUCGUAUUAGUUUUGCUAAAGGAUGGGGCCCCUGCUACUCCAGACAGUUCAUCACUUCCUGUCCGUGCUGGCUAGAGGUGCUACUUAACACCCACAGAUAGCACACACACACACCUUUGCAGAGACACGCAGCGUGGAUCCCAAUUGUAAUCUACCAAGAUUUAAUAUAAAGUUGAUAUAUGUUUUAUAAAAUAUAUUAUACAUGUAAAUACUUGAGUCAUUUUACAAUGCAACUAUUUAUGUAUAGUGUCGUGGACAAAACAAAAAAGGAACAAGAAUAUGCACUUUUCAUGCUUUAUAAAUGCAUUACAGAGUUUCUCAGUGUCAUUUUGCAAAUAUAAACUGUAAAGAGAAGAAAAAGCUGGUUUAUGCUCUCAUGUUUUCAUUGUUUCAAAGUACGCCUUACACACAAUAAAGCAUUUGUAUCAAA